UUGAUCUCACUUUAGUGGUACCACUUUUCCGACUUCAAAUGUGUUUUUUCCCGAUAUUUGUCUUAUUCAACUUGAAAUGAAAAAAUGGGAGCAAAGUGAGUAUGAUUGCAUUCGAUUGAUGGCCGGUCCAAUGAGAGUGAAAUUUCAAAAAUAUUGGGAAGAAUGUUCUUUGGUGUUAGCAAUUGCAGUGGUUCUUGAUCCGAGAUUUAAAAUGGACUUGGUGGAAUACUACUUUGGGCUUAUUUAUGGUGUUGAUGCUAAUAAGCAUAUUCAGAGGGUCCGUAAUGGUUUUGUUGAUCUUUUUUAUGAGUAUAGGAGUGAUUCUUCUGAUUCUAUGAGUAGCAUUGCACUUGUUUCUGAAAAUAGUAGCUCAAGUGGUAGUCAGUUGCUUGUCGGUUCUUCGAAACAAGAAAGUUUGGCUGCUUUUCAUGCGUGGUAUGCCCAAGAACGUGCUUCUAACAUUCAUGCCUAUCAAAAAUCAGAGGUGGAGCAAUACUUGGAGGAGUUGGUGUUUCCAAGUAAUGAGAGCUUCAAUAUUCUACAUUGGUGGAAAGUGAAUAAAGCAAAAUUUCCUACUUUGGCAAGGAUAGCUCGUGAUGUUUUAAGUGUUCCUGCUACUACGGUUGCAUCAGAGGCGGCGUUUAGUGUAGGAGGUAGGGUGAUUGAUGAGACACGUGCUUCAUUACUUCCAGAUAUUGUGGAGGCCUUGAUCACUUGCAAUGAUUGGAUUGAAUCAACCAAAAAUAGAAAUGUAGAAGAAUGCAGACAUGAGUAGAUGGAUUGAAUUGAAUCGAAUCACUUGAAGUAGAUGGGUUUGAUAAUGAGCUUAACAAAGCGGUUGCUAUUAAAGUUAUUGACUUGGAAGAAUCGUGAGUAUAUAGCUUUAAU